CGCAGGUCCCAGGCCGCCCCCGCCGCGGGGCCGCGGACCCAGAAGCAGCUGGAGCUGAAGGUGGCCGAGCUCGUGCAGUUCCUGCUGAUCAAGGACCAGAAGAAGAUCCCCAUCAAGCGGCUGGACAUCGUGAAACACGUCAUGGGGGACUACAGGGACAUCUUCCCCGACCUCCUCAAGCUGGCGGCCGAGCGCCUGCAGUACGUGUUCGGGUACAAGCUGGUGGAGCUGGAGCCCAAGAGCAACACCUACAUCCUCAUCAACACGCUGGAGCCGGUGGAGGAGGACGCCGAGGUGCGCGGCGACCAGGGCACGCCCACCACGGGGCUGCUGAUGAUCGUCCUGGGCUUCAUCUUCAUGAAGGGCAACACCGUCAAGGAGACGGAGGUCUGGGACUUCCUGCGGCGGCUGGGGGUGUACCCCACCAAGAAGCACCUGAUCUUCGGGGACCCCAAGAAGCUCAUCACGGAGGAUUUCGUGCGACAGCGUUACCUGGAGUACCGGCGGAUCCCGCACACGGAUCCCGUGGACUACGAGCUGCAGUGGGGCCCGCGGACCAACCUGGAAACCAGCAAGAUGAAAGUUCUCAAGUUCGUGGCCAAAGUCCACAAUCAGGACCCCAGGGAGUGGCCAGCGCAGUACUGCGAGGCUUUGGCGGACGAGGAGAGCCGGGCCCGCCCCGGGCCCAGUGCUCCAGCCCCGACCUCCUGAGAGCCGAGUGGGCGCGCAGGGACGCCGGGCGCCGCGGAGGGCGGGCAGCGGGCGCACGCCCGGAGGACGGGAGUGUGGUCGGGACGGAGGGAGCGGAUUGUGCAGUGCUCGAGUGUGUGUGGCCUUAGGACGUUUCCUAGAGUCUUGGCGGUGUUUUGGUAUUGUGUUAUUUGGUUACAAAAAUUUUCACUUGUAAACAGAGAAGCGUUUCUUAUUGCCUUUGGCAUAAAAUGUUUUCUAGCUUUGUAAAACUAACUGGACAACUGCACUGCGGCUGACACUGAAGAAAGAGCCCAUCGGUAAAUUGUUUUGGUUCCAGCAAGUAACAGCAGAGGAGCUCUUCUGUGGUCUGUUAUUCCAGUUUGUAAGGGAAAGCCUUUAUAAAAUUCAAAAUGUAAUUGCCUGUGUCUCUGUUACCUGAACACAUCUCUUUUAUUUUUAUAUAUUUCCUACGUUUACAAGUCUUAUGCGUGGUUCCAAGCAAUGGACAGAAUGUAUUUUCUCUGAAUAACAGAUUUUUUAUAUUCACAGUUAUUGGUCAUUUAUGUUGCUGACCACUUGGUUCCAUUUAGUUUUUUGGUUUUUUUUCCUCUUUUGCUGCUAUACUUACUAUAAUAAACACUGUAUUUUUAUAGUUAA